GAAGAAUGUUUAAAGGGGAAGAAGCUCCACUUGCAUCACAAUUGAACAAUUGGUUAGAUGCUCAUCCUGGUUGGGAAGUAAUGGAAGAAUCUGAAGAUGAUGAUGAUGAUGAGCAAGAAGAUGAUGAAUCAAGCAAUCAAAAAAUUAAAAAGAAUAGCUUUGAAAAAGAAACUGUUGAAGAAAAAGAACCAAUGAAAAAAACCAAAAUGGAAGAUGAUGAAUAUAAAAAUGCUUCAGAAGAACAUACUUAUUAUAGUAUUGCUCAUACUAUUCAUGAAAGUGUUACUGAACAAGCUUCCAUUUUAGUAAAUGGUAACCUGAAAGAAUAUCAAAUAAAGGGYCUUGAAUGGUUAGUAUCAUUAUUUAACAAUAAUUUAAAUGGAAUACUUGCUGAUGAGAUGGGUUUAGGAAAAACCAUUCAAACAAUAGGUCUUAUUACUCAUCUUAUGGAAAAAAAGAAAGUAAAUGGACCUUUUUUGAUUAUUGUGCCACUGUC